ACUGUCAUGACACCGGACGAGUGAACACAGCUAUCUGUUCCUCUGAAUGGCCCACACAGCGAUUCUGUGACAAUAUUGUAAAAAUGGAAAUUGUUGAAGAGAAAAAGGAAGAUGUGAAUGAUCCAGACCCGUCCAGAAUGAAAAAUGAAGAUACUGAGGAACAGACAGAUCUGUUGCUGGAACGGACAUAUGCAAGUGAUGAACAGAAUGAAGCGAAACAUCAGCACCAGAAACCUCAUAAUUUCAAAACGGAAGAUUUGUCUUCUGGUUCUUCACAAAUGAAAACGACUUUUACAAAAGCAAGGCAAAAAUCUGAAAGCAGAAAAUCUUUUAGGUGUCUUCAUUGUGAAGAGGUCUUUGGACGAAAAACGGACUUUGAGCUGCACGUAAGAAUCCACACUGGAAAAAAGCUGUUCACCUGCCCUCAGUGCGGAAGAAACUUCUUGUACAAAGGAAAACUUGCAAAUCACUUAAGAAUUCACACUAGGGAGCGUCCAUACACGUGUCUUCAAUGUGGAAAGAGUUUCAGACACAAAGGAUCGCUUAAAGAUCACAUGAGAGUGCACACUGGAGAGCGCCCGUACACAUGUGUUGAGUGUGGAAAGAGUUUCACACAGAGUAGUAGUCUAAACGUUCACAUGAGAAUUCACACAGGAGAGAGCCCGUACACGUGUGUUCAGUGUGAAAAGAGUUUCACUUUCAAGGGUAACUUUAAUGUCCACAUGAGAAUUCACACCGGAGAAAGCCCAUACUCAUGUGUUUGCUGCGGAAAGAGUUUCGCACACCAAAGUAACUUGAAGGAUCACAUGAGAGUGCACACUGGCGAGCGCCCAUACACAUGUGUCCAGUGUGGAAAGAGUUAUACACAGAGCAGUCGCCUUACGGUCCACAUGAGAGUUCACUCUGGAGAGAUCCCGUACAUAUGUGUUCAGUGUGGAAAGAGUUUCACAAGCAUAAGUAUUUUGAACGACCACAUGAGAGUUCACUCUGGAGAGAGACCGUACACUUGUGUUGAGUGUGAAAAGAGUUUCGUUUACAAAAGUAACCUGAAAGUUCACAUGAGAAUUCACUCCGAAGAAAGCUUAAACACAUGUCAGCAAUGUGGAAAGGGUUUUGUGCAAAAAGGAGCACUUAAGGAACACACGAGAGUGCACACCGGAGAGCGUCCAUACAUAUGCGAUCAGUGUGGAAAGAGUUUUACACACAGUGGUAGUCUCAAGGUCCACAUGAGAGUUCACACAGGAGAACGGCCAUACACUUGUGUUGAGUGUGGAAAAAGCUUCGCUUGCAGAAGUAAUUUUCGGGAACAUGCGAGAAUUCACACCAGAGACUAGAAUUACAGACCUUGAGAGUCACAUGACAGCAUGCUUUCAGUGUGGAUUCAUUUUUACACAUUUCUUUAACCUAUGAGGAAGCAUACGUUUAUGCUUUUGGAAAAUGGAUUACACCACAGUUCACAUUGUGACAAGAUUCCCAUGUAUUAUUCCACCACAUGUAAAAUAACACGUGAAAAUGACUUAAAAUUGACUAUUUCAAGUGUCACUGUGAGAAGUCUUUAGUGUACUUGUUAAAGUCUUUAGUAGAGCCAGUGACUUACAAGAGCACCAGAUAAUCUUUACUGAAGAAAGAACAUGAGGAUGUUCCAACUGGAAAGGAGCCCUCAAGUUUGGCAUUUUAGCCGUCGGUUUAUAUACUGACACAUAAAACAUAUUGUCACAGUGAGGAAAGACCAUCCUUAAAUCCGACACUUCAAGUAAACUAAGAAAGUUAUUUUAUUAAUUGCAACAUUUGUCCAUGGUAGCUUUUGGCAAAUGUUGUAAGCAUAUUUUUAAGUGUUAGAUUUCUCCACAUUUUAAAAAUACAUUUAUUCUCAGUGAGAUUGGUACAUUUGCAAUUAGUUGCCAUAUACUGUUGACCCCAUUGACCAAAAUGUUGUUUUUUUGCAUUAUUUUUGUGGUGUUUGGGUGAAGAAUCUGAAUACUCUUGUUUGAUGGCAUUUGAAAUGUUGUAGUGCAACUUCCGGUCUUGUGUUUCUUUAUCCGUCUGGCAAGUGUCUAAUAAAAAACCUAUUUAUAUUUUAUUUAAUAUAUUUUAUUAAUUUAUAUUAUUAUUUUAUUGUAUAAUAAUUGUAUUAUUUGUUGUAUGUUAAUUUGAUCAAAUAAACCAUUUGUUGAAUGG